GAAUCCGACAUCCGUUUUCAAAGCUCAAGGUCGUUUGUGCGAAACUGCAGAAUAUGUUUUGUUUUGUAAUUAUUUUGCAUUACAAAUAAAAUGUUAUUAUUUAAUUUAUGACUAUAUCGACACAAUGUGAUACUUUUUGUCGACAGUAAUAAAACUUGUUGAUAAGUGUAACUCUAACCCUCUUACCCAGUUAAAGGAGUUUUCGCCAAAGUGUAGCCACAGUAUUUAAAUGUAGCAAACAUGAGCUUUAUUUCGAAUUAUGUGGAUAAUUACACCGCAAGUAUCUACGACAUGAUCGUGGAGUACGUGGACACGGAGUACAGUCUCUGGCUGACCUGGUUCCUCACGCCCGUCAUCGUCACCUUCUUGCUUCCUGCUGUCAUCAUCAUCCUUAUCUACCUUAGCAGUAUUAUAUUCUAUCUCUACAGACUUUACAGGCUGCGAGUCGUAACAGAAGUACAAAAUGAUUGGAAACAUGCGGCCAGACUUGCCGUGUGUGCUUUGUGGGACGCUCACGGGUGGUUGUGGCACGGUUACGAGAUACGCGGCGUUGAGAACAUACCGGCUGGUCCAUUCCUCGUCAUAUAUUACCACGGUGCGCUCCCGAUAGACAUGUAUUACUUUACAGCGCGGAUGCUGUUAUUCCAGCGGCGGCAUCUCCAUACAGUCGCUGAUAGGUUCCUCUUUAAGAUACCUGGAUGGUCGCAGUUACUAGAAGGUCUGUGCGUGAUUCCUGGGACGGUGGCGACAUGCGUUGGCGUACUACGGUCGGGCAACCCCUUGGCCAUUUCCCCUGGAGGUGUUUAUGAGGCACAAUUCGGUGACCACUGCUAUCGCUUGCACUGGAAAAACCGUACAGGGUUUGCUAAGGUCGCCCUAGAAGCAAAUGUGCCAAUAAUUCCAAUGUUCACCCAAAACGUGCGUGAAGCAUUUCGCACAGUGGGUUGGCUUCGUGGGAUCUGUCUUCGGAUAUAUGCAGCAACUAGGGUCCCCUUGGCGCCCGUAUAUGGGGGAUUCCCUGUAAAACUGAUCACGCAUUUGGGGAAACCCAUAUAUCCCGACCCUAGCUUAACCCCUGAACAGCUGCAGCAGAAGGUGGCAACAGCAAUAGAAGAUUUAGUUGAGGAACAUCAACGCUUGCCGGGCAGUAUUCUACACGCGCUCAUAGAACGAGUCUACGAAAUGCCCAAGAAACAUCCCAAAAAGCCAUACACGAAUGGUACCUGUAAAAAAGAUGGCGCCAAAAAACAGGUUGACAGUGACAAACGUGACAGUGACAGGUGUGACAAUGACAAGGGCAAAGUGUCGUAGUGUAAUUGUCAGUUUAUUGUCGAAAAUAUUAUAAAUUAGUUUAAGAUCGCUAGCGCGUCUUAAAUUUCAUGUGACUGAUAGUGUUUUGUUUUAAACAAAUGAAAUUCAAUGACAAAUGAAGCAAUCCAAAUAUAUAUAC